AUAUUCUUGUCUGUGGAAGGAGAAGUGUAGUGCAAGAAGUGGGGGAACCCUUCUGUGGAAGGAUAACAAGUCAUUUAACCCACGCUGCUUUCAGUCAUCAAACACCAAGUCUCUGCACAAAGCCUACAUUUAACUCCAUCAGUGUCUUUGUGAACCUAUGAAAUGGCCGUGAUGGAGAUUGCAUGCCAAGGAGCUCCUGACCCCACCAUCGGGCACCAAAAGGAGCUUUCUGCUACUAAAGGGCUGGGUGAAACAGUGAGUGAGAAGCAGAGCAGUGUUUGCAAAGUAGAAGAUUCAGAGAAAGUUGCCUUCCACAGUCAAUGGAAAAUCCUGAAAGAUGUGAUCACCAAAGGAACAGCAAAAGAAGAGACAGAAGGGGGUUCUGCAUCCAUUUCCAUCAUCGCCCAGGCUGAAUGUGAGAACAGCCAGGAGUUCAGCCCCACCUUUUCAGAGAGGCCUUUCAUAGCUGAUAGUAAACGUUACAGCCGGUCAGACAGUCUUGAUCAAAUCCCGAACAAUGUGGCCCAUGCUACCGAAGGGAAAAUGGCACCAGCCUGCUGGAGGGCAAGGCAUCGCGGUAAAGGCAAGAAGAAACGUCGCAAGAAAAGAUCCAGGGUCAGAAUACAAACACUGGCCUCUGCUAAGCAAGGGCCCAGAACUCCAGAACAGGAAAGUUGUACACCGAUCCCAGUCCAGGAGGAUGAAACUCACCAAAACACUCUCUUCAGUAGCAGCUCCUGUUUUUCAGAACCUUGCAAGGACUCAAUUUGUGAUCAGAUACCAUUUGAGAAACCUAGAAAAGUUCUACUCACAGGCAAACUCCAUUCGCUAAGGAACCUGCACAGACCAGAACUGCACAAGUUGAUAAGCCCAGUACAGUGCCUGAACCAUGUUUGGAAGCUACACUGUCAGGGUGAUUUUGUGCCUCAGCCAGAGACCCUCCAUCCCUUCCCUUACAGUCCUCUUUGUGCCAUGAAACAUAAUCCUCUGGAGAUUAAUCUCCUCGAUGAUCGGGCCUGUGUGAAUGGUGAGCGUCACUUUUCUGGCCUAAGCUUAGAAUGCAGUUUCCCAAAAUGUGUCAGCCCGUCCCUGGAAACCAACUUGGACAAACUUUCUGUGGAAGAAUAUUUGGUGGAUGCUCUCAAGGGGAGCGUGAGUCUCGGUGAGCCGCAGAACUUAGCCAGCCUGGCCAAGACGUGGAGAGGAGGCAGUCUGGAUUUGAAGGAGCAGUUUCAAGAGACAGAUGACAAUGAGGGGGUGCUGCUUACUGAGAAACUAAAGCCAGUGGACUAUGAAUACCGGGAAGAGGUUCACUGGACCAAGUGCCAGGACUCUCUGGGUGUUGGCUCUUUUGGGGAAGUCUACAAAAUAGAGGACAAACAGACGGGAUUUCAGUGUGCUGCCAAAAAGGUGCAAGUCGAACACUUUCGUGCAGAAGAGUUGACGACAUGUGCUGGAGUAACAAGUCCCAAAGUUGUCCCUUUGUAUGGAGCCGUGAAGGAAGGUCCUUGGGUUACUAUCUUCAUGGAGCUAAUGGAGGGCGGCUCGCUAGGCCAGCUGAUUAAACAAAGUGGCUACUUGCCAGAGGAUCAAGCCCUCCGUUACCUGGGUCAAGCAUUAGAGGGUCUGGAGUAUCUUCAUGCUCACCACAUUCUGCAUGGAGAUGUCAAAGCGGACAACGUGCUCUUAUCCAGUGAUGGAAGCCGGGCUCUCCUCUGCGACUUCGGCCACUCUGCUCGCCUUCAUCCCGAUGGCUUGGGGAAGUGCUUGGUGACGGGGUGCUACAUGCCUGGCACAGAGACUCACAUGGCUCCAGAGGUAGUAAUGGGAAAACGCUGUGACUCAAAGGUGGAUGUCUGGAGCAGCUGCUGCAUGAUGCUGCACAUGCUCAAUGGGUGUCAUCCUUGGACCCGGUAUUACAACCACCCUCUUUGCUUAAAGAUAGUCAAAGAGCCGCCUCCGUUGAGGGAAAUCCCACCUUCCUGUAACCGUUCCACUGUCGAGAUCAUUAAAGCAGGGCUAGAGAAGGAGCCACUUAAAAGAGCUUCUGCGGCUGAGUUGAAGACUAAGGCUGACAUAGCUCUGCAGGAGGUGGGAGAUGUGAAGAACCCCUGGAGAGAAUACAGAGAACCUAGAUGCUCAUCUUUGGAUGAAGAAAACAAUCCGCACACCUCCCUGUCCCCAACAGUCAGCCUGAUUUCUGAGACUCUGGCUAGCCCUGGAUCAGCUCCUUGCCUAUCCCAAAGCCUGCAGCCACCAUCUCUGGAGCUGACCGAGAAGACUGGGGUAACCCCUUGGAAUCUGUGCAAGGAGUUACCUAGGGCCUGUGAGCCACUUUCCCUCUCCUCCCUGGCUCCUGUCCCCACCAAGAGCAGCAGCUCCACGGAACGGGCAACAACUAUCUCGGAACAGGAGCUUCAGCAGCUGGAAAUAGAGUUGUUUUUGAACAGUCUGUCGCAGCCGUACUCUCUGGAGGAGCAGGAGCAAAUGCUCUCGUGUCUCAGCAUUGACAGCCCGCUCAUGUCUGAUGCCAGCGAGAAGAACUCUCUGAAGGCCUCUCAGAGCCUGAGGGACACCAUGAGCUCUGGGGUUCACUCCUGGAACAGCCAGACCGAUGGACAGAGCUUCAGCUGGAACAACCUGCUGUAUCGCAGUCGGCACACAGACACCCCCAGCUAUUUCAAUGGAGUGAAAAUCCAGAUCCAGUUGCUAAGUGGAGAAAAUCUUCAUAUCCGAGAGUUCCACAGGACCAAGGUGGGAGACAUUGCUACUGGGAUAAGCAGCCAGGUACCAGCCUCGGCGUUCAGCCUUGUUACAAAGGAAGGUCAGCCUGUUCGCUAUGACAUGGAGGUUCCUGACGCUGGUGUAGAGCUGCAGUGCACCCUUGCUCCUGACUGCAGUUCCGGUUGGACCUGGAGAGUCAAGCAUGGCCAGCUGGAGAAUAGACCAUGAGGCUCUUGGUCGUGGAGGUCACUUCCUCAUGUUGAAGCAUGGAAUUACAGAAGCCCACAACCAGCUUUGCCUGAUAAGCGUCAAAUGUAGCUAUUGCUGUUUCCUACUGAACUAGGAUCCAGGGUUCAGCUACUCCCUGCUUUAGUGCAUCAACGCCUGGCUGCUUGGUCUGGAUUCAGUCUCUAGGCAGGCGCUGUCUAGAGUGAGGGCUGUGUACAUGCUGCGAUUGAAUGCAGCAGAGGAACAGGGCUGUGCCACUGUGCAUCAGCACUGUCCAGGAGAGUGCUGGGGAGUGGGCUGGACACAGCAAUUGCUCACAACUCCGCCAUGAAGUCAGUCGAUGUUGCACUCGCUAGAGGAAGGAAGCUAGGGAUCGUGAGUGUAGUAGUAUGGUGGGUGAGGAGGUGGCAAGCUCCUUUCUUGGUGGGGAAAAAGUUCUGUCUCUCAGUUUUGAAUAGCAUCACUGCCUUAAGAUUAGAGCAGUGGAGGAAAGUAGAAGCUGUAACUGGCUGGUUUAAGGGUUGUAAUCAAAUCAUUGUGUUUCCGGUUUCCCGUCCCAGCAGCACUCUGUUCUUUGAGGUUGCAGCUUCUAAUCAGAAAAGGAGUAGGGCUGCUUUCCAGAAAGGGCUUUCCAUUCACCUCUGAUUGCAACAUCUCCUCUGUAGUUCUGGUCCACAGAGACCUUGCAUUAUCCCACUCUUUCAUUAUUGUAAACAAUAUGUAUCAAGGAAGGGAAUACAUGGUCUGGAGGCUUGAGAGUUGAACUCCUGGGUUCUGUUCCCAGCUUUGCCAUUGAUGUGCUGUGCCUUGACUAACCUUUUUGAGAGUCAGUUUGUCCAUACGCUGGAUAGAAUAUGGGUGGGAGGAAUAGCGGCUAAAUUUAACCCCUAUGGAGCACAUCAACAUCAGUGAAUGACAGGUACUGCAUAAGUCCUCUGUAAGAGCCAUGGCUAAGUACUGUAAGGAAGUAAGUCUAUCAUUAUCCCCAUUUUACAGAUCAGAAAUCUGAGGCAAGAGCAAAGCAGUGACUUGGCCAAAACCACACUCUGAAUGUAUGGCAGAGCUGGGACUAGACAUUCCUGACUCAGCCAGUGCUUUGUCCACAGACCAUGUUGCAAAUUGUAGUGAAACUUGCAAGUAAUGCUGGGCUAAAGUACAGCUCUCCUGCGCCUUUAUUAGAAGCUGCAAGCACAUUAAGCCUCUAAUCUCCAGUGGUCUCUUGCAUGAUUAACGUUUCUGGCUGUUACAUGAUCAAAAAUCCUGAAUCAGAAAAUCAAAGCUCUUGAAAAUGUGAAUUCCAAGAUGAGUGGAACUUUUGUAUCACUACACUGGUGCUCAGUGUAGUGAUAUUUCUAUACUUGUUUCAUCCCAAAAUACUUAAACUAGAGAGAGUAUAUAUCUGUUGUAGCUGAAAUGCUGCCAGCUCUGGCAUCUAGCAGUAACUGGCUAGCAAAUAACACAGGGCAUUCCCACGGAGAGGGGAGACUUGCGUUCCAUUACACUUCUGUUGCCCUUUUUAAGAACGCAGCCCCGACGUAAACCAGGGACCUGCUGUAUUGCCUGUCACCCCAAAGGUUGCUCAUGCCUAAGGCUCCGUGUUUGUCACGAAAGUGACUGAUUCUGUGACUUCUGCAAUGGCUGGUGCGCCUGGCCUGGGGGCCACCUGAGCAGCUUGGGUAGCCCCUGGACCAGGCACAGUGGCUGCUGCUGGGGCAGUCUCAGGCCCCCCUGUCCCCCAGCAGCAGGAGUUCGGGUGUGGGGGGGGCUCCCUGGAAAGGCAACAGCAACUCCCCUCCGUCCGCUUCUAUCUCCACAUGCUGCCUCCACCUGCAGGCCAAUGGGAGCUGUAGAACCCAGGGCUUGGGGUGGAGCGGAGGCAGCACAUGGAGCCAGGAGCUGGGUAGGGAGCCCACCUGCAGUGCCCUCCUGAGCCGAGCCGUGCUUCCCUCCACUCACCCCCAUUGUAGUCAGGGGUAUAUAGUAAAAGUCAUGGACAGGCCACGGGCCUGAAUUUUUGUUUAUUGCCUAUGACCUGUCCAUGGCUUUUACUAAAAAUAUCCGUGACUCAGCUGUACCCUUACUCACGCCCACUGUUCUGUCACUUAGCCCUGGUCUACACUUGAGGGGGGGAUUGAUCUAAGUUAAGCAACUUCAGCUACGUGAAUAACGUGGCUGAAGUCUAUGUACUUAAUCUACUUACCGUGGUGUCUUCACUGUGGUAAGUCGACAGCUGAUGCUGUCCUGUCGACUCCACCCACGCCUCUCGCUCUGGUGGAGUACUGGAGUCACCAGCAGAGCGCUCGGUGGUCGAUUAUUGCGUCUAGUCUAGAAGUGAUAAAUUAACCCCCACUGGAUUGAUCGCUGCCCGUCUCCAGCGGGUAAUGUAGACAAGCCCUUAAAGAUUCUCAUUCUGGUAUAUAAGAGGGGACACUACAGAAUUUUGCCAGUUUCUCCUUAGUAACUUCCACCUCUUUUUAACCUGUUGGUGUCAAACUCUGCUAAACACUAGAGCAAAAUGCAGCAGCCCUCAAUGUUUGAAGAGCUAGUGAGCUCUACAUUUUACUUAUAGCAUUAAUGCUGCUCUUUUUAUGCUAGGAACUUAUCUGAACGAUGAGUAAAAGUGUAAACCCUUAUGAAUCCAGGUAGGCAGGAUGUGUAUAUCCUGCUGCGCUUUGGCAGACCAGCAUUAGCCAGUAUCUCUGUCCCACGUAUCUCGUCCACCUUAAAUCUGACAUUGUUCUCCUCACUGUAGCCUCGUAUCACUUGCACCCAACUUCCGUGUGACAGAUUCCCAUUUGUCAGCUGUGCAGCCCUCUAAUCUCCAGCUGACUGUGGACUUUCAUUACUGGUACCACCAGCCACCCGCCUUCCUUACUGUCCUUGGAGUGUGGAUCUGCUCUGUAAACUGACUUCAUAAGGUGCCUGAGGGCACCAUGUUUGUCUCAACGAUUCCAGAUCAAGUUUGCCUCACAAGUAAGAGACGGCUUUCCAGCUCAGACUCGGCUUUCCAGCUCAGACUCGGCUUUCCAGCUCAGACUCGGCUUUCCAGCUCAGACUCGGCUUUCCAGCUCAGACUCGGCUUUCCAGCUCAGACUCAACUCUUGUUGCCAAUGACAAUCUGCUGGUGCAGCUUGGUUAAAUGUUCUGUUGCUGCUUGAGCCAGGUGAGAUUCCAGAUCCCUCCCCCUGUGGCUGGAUGGCUCUGCAGCGCUAAUAGGAGUACAAGGUGGGGGAAAGCUUUUGUCGCUGGAAUCAGCGGAUCUGACUGAUGCAUGCAGUUGCCUGAGUAAGCAGGUGCUGCUUGGUAUUACCUGUCACUGUCCAGUGAAGAACCACAGCUUAGGGAAUAGAGGAUGAAGGAAAAGUGAGAGCAGUGGCACAUACCGCUCCCUCCUGAAAGGGUCUAGGCAAAACUAUGCCACUGAAAACAAAACAAGAAGCACCCAGCACCCUAACAGCGUCUACUUGGAGGGGUGGAAGCUGCCCUGUUUUUCCAUAGGGUUGAACUGUUUGUUGUACAUGGAGACACUUUACAAAACUGAGUUUUUUAAAAUAUAUAAAUUCAGAUGCAGGUUGACCUGUCAAUGAAAAGAAUAAAGCUCUUUGUUCUGGU